AAACAAAAAUAGGUUAUCGAUUUGGAAUUUAACACGUUUUCCAACCUUUUCUUUGCUAUUUAAAUAAAAAUCAUAAUGAACUUAGAGAAAAAGAAACGUUAUUUCGAAACGGAUCCAGAAGUCUCAAAAACAGAUGCAAAUCAAAAUAACAAUGAUUUCGAAGUUUACAAUAUCAAAAUAAAUCCAAAAUCGUUAAAAAGGAAGCCUUCGCAUUUUAAAAACAAAAAUGAUGGUAAAGUAUUGAAGAAAAAAUUUAGUGGAAAAAGUCCCAUUAACCCUGAAAAGUUGGAAAAGCAUUCUAGGGGCGAGGGAAUAGACCAUAAUAAUGUGAAACAUCCUCUCCAUGCAGCUAAAUUAAAGAAAAGAGAGAAUAAACUAAACUAUGCACAGAAACAAGCAGCAAGAUCUGAAAUAUUACUUACAGAACAACAAGGGUCCCUUGUAGUGGAAGAGGGUGUUAAAACCACUUCCAUAUCACAAAAAACUAUUAAGGAAAGUGUUGAUAUUGCUGCCGCAACAAAAAUCUUUGACCUCAAACUAGACUUCGGCCCAUAUAGGGCAAAAUACUCAAGAAAUGGUAGACACUUACUUUUGGGUAGUGCAAAAGGUCAUUUAGCUGCUUUUGACUGGGUAACUAAAAAACUGCAUUGUGAAAUCAAUGUUAUGGAGUCCAUUCAUGAUAUUAGUUGGCUACAUGUAGAAACUAUGAUAGCAGCUGCACAAAAGGAAUGGCUGUAUAUCUAUGAUAACACGGGAACAGAACUGCAUUGUAUUAAGAGAUUGGACAAAAUUUUGCGAAUGGAAUUUCUCCCUUAUCACUUCUUGCUUGCAACUGUUAAUGAAUAUGGUUUCAUGUCCUGGUUAGACAUAUCUAUAGGGGAAAUAGUAUCUCAUUAUAAUAAUCACUUAGGACGGACUUCAGUGAUGACUCAGAAUCCAUACAAUGCUACUUUAUGUCUAGGAAAUUCAAAAGGAGUGGUAUCAUUAUGGUCUCCUACAGUAAAGGAACCUCUAGCAAAAAUACUAUGUCAUAAAACUCCUUUAACUGCCAUUACAGUUGACAACAGAGGAAUGUACAUGGCUACAUCUGGAGUUGAUCGUAGUAUGAAGAUUUGGGAUAUCAGAAAUUUAGAUGGCCCAAUACAGGAUUAUAGAUUAAGAAGUGCACCUGUAGAUCUGCAAUUCUCACAAAAGGACAUGUUGGCUGUUGGGCUAGGUGAAGUGGUAGAAAUUUAUAGUAAUUGCUGCACACAAACUGUAGAUAGACCUUAUCUGAGACAUAGAAUGGCAAAGAGUAUAAAUAAUUUCAAGUUUUGUCCCUAUGAGGAUGUUUUAGGUAUUGGUACUUCAAAUGGCUUCAGUAGCAUAAUAGUUCCAGGGAGUGGGGAACCCAAUUUCGAUGCUUUGGAAAGUAAUCCCUUCCAGACGAAAAAACAAAGAAAAGAAGCCGAGGUUAAGGCUCUUCUGGAAAAGAUACCGGCAGAGCUCAUUACUCUUAAUCCAUUUGAUAUAACUGAAGUUGAUGUACCCUCAAUGAAGGAACAGAUGGAAGCAAAGAAGAAACUUUUGUAUUUGAAACCUAAGAAAAUAGAUUACACUCCAAGAUAUAAGAACAAAGGCAAAACAAAUAUAGCAAGGAAGAAGAUAAUCAAAGAUGCAACCCGAAAGGAACAAAUUGAACAAGCUAUUGAAGCUAAAAAACAUCUGAAUUUACCGACAGAUCAAAAUAUACCAAAGCAGUCAUUUGGUGUACUGAAUCGUUUUGUUCCAAAGCCUAAAAUUAAGAAAUAAAACCGUUUUUUAAGUGGC